AUGGCAAAACAGGCCAAGCGUGUUACAUUCUCUCCCACUUCUCCUAAAUCAAUCAUUUCAUCCAUUUCUUCAUUCACAUCUCUCUCACCUUCUCCUCUCAACAAAACAUAUUCUCAGUCCAUGGUGGAGGAAACCGUGGAAUCCACGGAAACAAUCAUCAAGAAAUGGGAUCCAAACACAAAUACCAUCUUCCUUUUCAGUCACAGCAGAAAAGAGGCCAAAGAGUUCAUCAGAUGCGUCCGUGACUUACGCAGAGCCAUGCAAUAUCUUGUCUCUCAAAACUCUCAAUCUCCCAAGCUUGUUCUUGCACAUAGCCUGAUGCACAUAGGUAUGUCCAGGCUAGGAAAAGAGUUCUUUCAGAUACUAUCUUCCAACCGAGACCAGCUUGAUCCUGAAUCAGUCUCUGGUGACUCCUCAAUAUCUAGCAACUCAGAGUUUGAAGAUGUUAUACAAUCUGAUGAUGAUGAGCUGGAGAAGGCUGGUGAGUCCAUCUCUGAGGUAGAGAAAGCUUCAUCUCUGGUGAUGUCAGACUUAAAGAUCAUAGCAGAGACUAUGAUCAGCUGUGGUUAUGGUAAAGAGUGCAUAAAGAGUUAUAAGAUGAUCAGAAAGUCUAUUGUUGAUGAAGGGCUACACUUACUUGGGAUCCAAAAGUGCAAGAUCUCUCUCUUCAACAGAACGGAUUGGAUCAUGCUCGAACCUAUGAUCAAGAACUGGAUCAAAGCUGCAAAGAUUGGAGUCACAACACUUUUCAAAGGAGAGAAACUUCUUUGUGAUCAUGUCUUCUCUUCUUCAACUACAUUAAGAGACUCUUGCUUCUACGAGAUAGCUAAUGAAGCAGGACUCAAUCUCUUCAGUCUCCCUGAGCUCGUUGCCUAUAAGGAGAAGAAACCACACCCUGAGAGGAUCUUCAAGCUCAUGGAUCUCUAUGCAGCUAUCUCUGACCUUAGACCAGAGAUAGAACAGAUCUUCAACUUUGAUUCAGUAGCUGAUGUCAAGACACUAGCCCUCUCAUCACUCAAGAAACUCAAGAACUCAAUCCACAUGUGUCUCAAAGAGUUUGAGUCCACAAUACAAAAGGAUUCUUCAAAAGCACUUACUCCUGGAGGAGGGAUUCACAAGCUAACUCAAACAACAAUGAGUUUCAUAUCAUCUCUGUCUGAAUACAGCCGUGUCUUGUCUGAGAUUCUUGCAGAGAAUCCUCUCAAGAUAAACACUCGUUUGGUUGAAUCUUACUUCACGGCUCCAAUCUUGGAAGAUGAACAUGUUAACCACCAUUCAACAUCAGUCUAUCUAGCUUGGCUCAUACUGGUUUUCCUUUGUAAACUAGACAUCAAAUCAGAGAGUUACAAAGAUGUCUCUCUCUCUUACCUCUUCCUUGUCAACAACAUUCAGUUUGUGGUUGACACAGUUCGUUCUACUCACCUUAGGAACCUCCUUGGAGACGAUUGGCUCACCAAGCACGAAGCAAAACUCAGAAGCUACACUACAAACUACGAGAAUGCAGCGUGGGCCAAUGUUUUCUCAUCUAUACCGGCGAAAAACAAUACUACACUUUCACCAGACCAGGCCAAAACACAUUUCAAGAGGUUUCACGUGGCAUUUGAAGAAGCAUACAUGAGACAAUCAUCAUGUGUUAUACAUGAUGUGAAGCUGAGGGAUGAGCUUAAGGUUUCUAUAGCAAGGAAGCUUGUACCGGAGUAUAAAGAGUUUUAUGAGAAGUACUUUCCGAUGGUUAGAGAGGAGAGAAACAUAGAGAUGUUGGUGAGGUUUAAGCCUGAUAACUUAGAGAAUUAUCUCUCAGAUAUUUUUCAUGGAACAUCAGAACUUAGUGACUCUUCUUCUUCUUUGUGUAUCCCACUUGGAUGUGGAUGAAACUAAAUUUCAGAGAGCAAUGUUUAGCAUAUUCACUCAAAAAUUGGUUGUACAAUUUCAAUUAUGUAUAACCAAACCGUAAUUUCUAAUGUCAUGGAAACCGG